GUUCGACUGCUACCGCCACAAUCUCGACCGACAUGCCUUCUCGCGACAGCUCGCCGGGUCGCAAAGACUCUGGCAGCGCGCCCACUUCGCCCACGAAGAUGCUCGACAAGGUCGAGCUGAGCGAUCUGGAGUCGAGUCCGCCGAAACUCCCUAUUGAGUCGGAUCUGAUGCAGCUCGCACGUUUGGGGGAACUCCGAAGCAUACAAAAGCUGUUCGACAGCGGAAAAUACAGUGCCAAGUCGACAGAUGAGCAGGGCAUCACUGCACUCCACUGGGCUGCCAUCAACGGACACCAUGCGCUGUGUCACUACCUCAUACAAACUGGCGCUGAUAUCAAUGCCAAGGGUGGUGAUGCACAGGCGACUCCUGUGUUAUGGGCGAGCAAGCGCUUCAACCUCCAGGUCAUUUCAUUACUAUUAUCGCAUGGAGCAGAUCCGUUGAUACGCGAUGAUCAAGGCUAUAAUCUGCUGCACUCCGCUACAUUGGACGGCAAUGUGUAUCAAUUGAUCCUGCUUCUGCAUCACCCGGACCUGCCUGUAGAUGUUCCAGACGCUCAAGGUCACACAUCGCUGAUGUGGGCGGCCUACAAAGGUUUUCCAGCUUGUAUCGAUGUCUUACUCCAAUUUGGCGCAGACGUACACGCUACUGAUGAGAUGGGAUUCACAGCUCUGCAUUGGGCUUUGGUUAAGGGCAGUUAUCUCUGCAUUCAGAAGCUUGUGGAGUAUGGAAGCGAUCGCUUUGCACGAAGUAAACCCCAAGAAGGCCAGACCGAAGGCGACACACCGGCGGAGACUGCUGCUAAGAUGAAAAGCGAUCGAAUGUGGCGCAGAGCGCUCAAAGAAUGUGGCUACGACGACGCCGGCAACCCUUUGGCAUUUCCCAUGCCAUUCUUCAAGGACCGGCGUCUUUUUUUCAAGCGCUUCUUUUUUCUUUGGCCAUUCGCUCUCGGCGGACUCCAGCUGCACAUGCUGGCAUAUCUGAAUGCCUGGGUCUCAGUCCCCGGAGUGCUCAUCGUAGGGUAUGGCCUACAGUUCGCAGUACAGAAACUACUUCGUUGGGCACCCUCCGAGCUGAAUACGAUGCACAAGACACCCUUUCUUGCAGGGAUCUUUGCGGGCACACUCUUCUGGAUCGGCGUGCGCUACAUACUAAAGAUCCUCCCAAAUACUCUUUCGACGCAUUUCUUCCUUAACGUGAUGUUUGCAACCUGUUACGGGCUCUGCGCAUACUUCUACUUCAUGACAAUGACGGCAGAUCCCGGAUAUAUACCCAAAAGCGCGACUCGUGGCCAGACAAAGAACACGAUUGAUGAGCUCAUCGAGCACAAUGCAUUCAACGAAACACAUUUUUGUACAACAUGUAUGAUACGAAAACCAUUGCGCAGCAAACAUUGCCGACGGUGCGGUAGAUGUGUGGCGAGAGAAGACCACCAUUGCCCUUGGGUUGAUAAUUGUGUUGCGAUCAAUAACCACAAACACUUCAUAUUGUACGUGCUGUUCAUGAUAAUCGGCAUCGGCUUCCUGAUACAACUCAGCAUUGCAUACAUCGAGAUCCUCCCAGCACCAAAGGACGCUGUCUGUACUAUCUUGAAAGACGAACUCUGCGCCGAGUUCUCGAAAGAUCCAUUGACUAUCAUCACCAACGCUUGGGGCUCACUGCAGCUUACCUGGACAUUCAUGCUUUUGUUCGUACAUUUCUUUCAGGUCGCGCGCAACCUAACCACCUUUGAAAGCAUGCGAAACAUGGACCAGGUCAAUCCACUCUUAUCUGCAGUCACGGCAGGCACGAUGAACAUAGACUCCUCCCAGCUCGGGAGCGGGGGCGCCGGUCCUGAUGCAGGCGGACACAAGCACAAGAAGAGCGAAGGGUGUAUAACAAGAUGGGCUCGAACCAUUGGUAUCGACGUCUUUUUUGCCAUCGCAUUCCAGGGCUAUAAAGGCCACAAGAACAAGACACAAAAGCAGAAACAGCCCAAGCGCGAAAAUCCCUUCAGUCGAGGACUUUUUCGAAAUUGUCAAGACUUUUGGAUGGAUGGACCAAUAUUUGGUCGGAAACAGAGCAACAGAGGUCUUCUCAAUGGCGAGCUUGUCGACUACGCGAGCAUGUAUGAUGUACCCCGGAGAGGGAUGAACUACCGCAAUGGCGGCUACACAGAAGUUGCUACUGCGGACACAGAAGAAGUAUAACUACACGUACCAGAUAUAGGCAGUGUGUUACAGCCAUUUUUCC